AUGGCUUGGCCCUAUGAGUUUCUGGAGCUCACCAAGGCCGAGAAGCAGGAGCGCCGCCUCUCGCUUGACCGUCAUGCCGGAUACUCCCAGCUGUCUGCACUGGUCCCGGUGGUCAUCUUCCUGCUUGUUCGGUUCGCGUCGUGGGUCUCGCUCAAGAUAUCGGCAAGAAAUCAAAAGUACGACCAAGUCCCUGGCUCCCCGGUAUCCAAGUAUAAAAGAAGCAACGAGUCGUCGACGUCUCCGGCUGCGACUCUGAGGAAGACCACCUGGUGGCUCGGCGACGAUGUCGUCUUUGCCGGCCAGAAUUGGGGUCGGCGGGACACUCUCAUCUUUGGCUCGGUAUACACUGUCUGGCUCUUAUUUCUCUGUGUUCAAGGCACAGGCAGAGACUAUUUCCAUCUCACCAAGCGUUUUGGUGCCGUUGCAGCAGCUCAGUUCCCUAUUCAGUACCUGCUUUCACUCAAAUACGUCAAUCCAGUGGCUUACGCUCUCCGCUCUUCUCAUGAAGAAGUCAACCGAUGGCAUCGAGUCAUAGGUCGCAUCAUCUACCUACUGCUAUGUCUUCACGGAGCAUUCUAUACCAACUAUUAUAUCCAGACUGGUGUGUUGAUGCAACGUUUGACAUCUUCCAAAGUUGUCAUCCUCGGCGUAUUGGCCCUUUUUGGUAUGACGGCAUUGACGACAACGGCAUUUGGUUUGAUACGAACCUAUUCGUACAGAAUGUUUUUCAUCACUCACCUGCUCGUUGCGUUGGCACUGCCGCCAAUGAUAUACUUUCACGUGCAUCAUGCCAGGGCUUAUAUGAUUCAAUCAUUGGUGGUAUUCCUAGUCGACCUGGCAGCCAGGAAAUUCACCACGACUACAGCUGCCGCGACUCUUGAGCUCAUCCCCGGAACCAAUCUGGUCAAGAUCGUUUCCAAAGUGCCCGAGAAAUUCAUCUCUCGCUUUGUCGAUUUUCCUGCUUCGCAUGUGUACCUUAGUAUCCCGGCCGCUUCUCGCUCAGGCUCUUUGAAGAUGCUUUACGAGUUCAUGUUCAAUCCGUUCACGGUGGCGUCGGUAAACGAAAACAGCCAAGAACUGACGCUGGUAGCCCGUCAAUUAAAAGGGCCGAUGAGUCGAGCAUUCAUCAACCUUGCCAAUCUUAGUUCUUCGGGAAGUAAAGUACCGUUGAGCAUCGAAGGGCCUUAUGGUAGUAGCCGGUAUUGCUUGGGCAAUUUCCAGGCUGAUCGAGUCCUUCUGGUUGCCGGAGGUACAACCGAAACCACGGCACGUGUUGAUGUAAUCUGGGCGCUCCGCACCCCUGGUGAGGCUACUUGGGCGACUCUCAACACCGAGAAGAGCAUUUUGGAAGACGAGCGAGUCCAGCUUUUCCUAACUGGCGAGAUGUUUGAGUCUAGCUCGAAUGGAGGGUCCGGCGAUGUCGAAAUGGAACAGCUUCCCCGCCGCGAGCGAAACAGGAGACCUUCUCAGCGCAGUUCCAGGCGGCCCGACUUUCAGCGGAUAGUCGAUGAAUUCUUCAGAAAGGGCCAAGAGGACCGUGUGGCUGUAUUCGUUUGCGGGUCCGAGGGCAUGGCUAGAGAGCUGAGAGGCCAUGUUGGGACAUGGGUCAAGAAGGGAAGAGAAGUCUGGUGGCACAAUGAGAAUUUCAGCUGGUGA